UGCCGUUAGAUUGUUUCUGCUGGUGUUGCUAAAGCAUCACCACAAAAUGUUUCGUAAAACAUGGGCUAGAAAAGUAACACCAAAACAGGAUGAGCUGGAAAGUAUUAAAAAGGCUACAACUCAGCAAGAAAACCAAAAAUCAAAGGAACAGGAAAUUAAAACAAGUGAAAAUGAUUCCUGGAAGGCUGAGGGAAAAGAUGCAGUGUUCAAACCAGCUUCCACGAAUGCUCAGUAUAACCAAGCAGCAAUGCCCCAGCCUCCUCCUUGUUGGAAUAGUACUAAAGAACCAAAGUCCCAAACAGCAGAUGAAACUGUCUCCAAACAGGGAGUUGAAUCAAGCUUAGAAACAGAACCUGCAUCAAUGGAAAAUGAAGUUGGAUUUCACAUCUCAUCCUCUAGUGAAUCUGAGCAACAACGAUCAAUAUUUCUCAGUCAUGUAGCUGAUGCACAACUCCAAAGCUUAGUGUCACGCAUGCGGGAAAGAACAUCAUUGUACAAAGAACAGUUGAUUGGCCAGGAUGGCUCUUCAUCAGAAGAAACUCCACCAGCUUUUCCAACCAAGAAAGUUCCUGCACCAAAAGAUGAUGAAAAAGAAGAGCAAGAAAUUAGUCUUAGUGAGACCAAAUCUGAGGAGGAACGUUACUGUGACAUGAAAUGCUGUGAAUUCAAGAGACCUCCAAUUAAAGAAAUCAUACACAAGUUAAGAAUCCCCGAAAGCAUUGAAAACUCAGAUCGGUUUUACAUUUUGUGGUUGUUUUUGGUGGGACUAGCUUGGAACUGGAGUUGCUGGUUUAUUCCUGUGCGCUGGGCUUUCAACUUCCAGACACCAGACACUCUACCCUAUUGGUUAACUAUGGAUUAUAUAUGUGAUUUCAUCUACCUACUCGAUAUGUCAAUAUUCCAGACCCGACUGCAGUUCAUUCAACACGGAGACAUAAUAAGUAAUAAAGAAGAAAUAAAAAAGAAUUAUGUGCAAUCAUUAAGAUUCAAGCUUGAUCUGGCAUCAGUAAUUCCAUUUGAUUUAUUCUACUUGGUGUUUGAUUGCAAUCCCCUGUUUCGACUGAAUCGUUUACUUAAGUAUUUAGCAUUCUUUGAAUUUAAUUAUCGAUUGGAGGCUAUAAUGGAAAAAGCCUACAUCUAUAGAGUUGCACGAACAACAGGAUACCUGCUUUACCUCCUGCAUCUAAAUGCUUGUAUUUAUUACUGGGCAUCGGUGUACGAAGGUAUUAGCAGCACCAAAUGGGUCUACAAUGGCAAAGGAAAUAGGUACCUGAGAUGUUACUAUUGGGCAAUCCGCUCUUUGAUCACUAUUGGUGGUAUUUCUGAACCAGUCACUCUCUUUGAAAUAAUCUUUCAGGGCUGCAAUUAUUUCAUAGGUGUCUUUGUUUUCUCCAGCUUACUUGGUCAGAUGCGAGAUAUCAUUGGCAAAGCCACUGCAAAUCUAAAUUAUUACCAAAAUUCAAUUGACAACACAAUGAAUUAUAUGAAUGCAUAUUCAGUUUCAAAAUAUGUGCAAAAUCGUGUGCGUAAGUGGUAUGAACAUACUUGGGAAUCACAAGGCCAGCUGGCGUCAGCUGAGUUAUUGGAAAGUAUGCCAGUAAAAAUGCAGCUAUCAAUUGCUAUUGAUCAGAACUAUGCAAUAGUCAGCAAAGUUGACCUGUUUAAGGAGUGUGACAAACAAAUGGCAUAUGACAUCCUGCUCAAGCUAAAAUCAGUUGUGUAUUUGCCGGGUGAUUUUGUAUAUAAGAAGGGAGAUGUAGGCAGAGAAAUGUACAUCAUCAAGUCAGGACAAGUCCAGGUGCUCGGUGGACCUGAUGACAAUAAGGCUUCGGUUACUUUGAAAGCUGGGUCUGUAUUUGGAGAAAUCAGUCUGCUAGCAGGAGUUGGAGGGAAUCGACGCACUGCUAAUGUGAUUGCAAGUGGAUUUACAAACUUAUUUAUUUUGGACAAGAAGACUCUGAAUGAAAUUCUGGUGAAUUAUCCAGAUUCACAGAAGGUUCUUAAAAGAAAGGCUAGAAAAUUAUUUCCUGUUGAAAAAGACAAGAAGGGUCAAGACAAAAAUGAUGCUGCUAAAGGGUCAAUAUUCCUAAUAGAUCCCAAGCAAAAUACACCAAAAUUGUUUAAUGUACUGAAGCUUGCAGUAAAAAAGAAAGGAUUGACUCUACUUACCAGGUUCUUGAAAACUGAAAGGAAGAACAGCAAAACAGUUUCCGAGCUCCAUCCGCUACAGCCACAAAAGGAAAACUAGAAAUGUAUCAUUUACAUUUGGAGCUGGCAUUUUCGGGCCAAACAGAGAACAUGGACAGCCCAUUUCAGCAAGUUCCAAUGUAAGCAGCCACUGUAUAACAGUCCAAUACAUCAAGACAAAUAAUUCAUAAAUCCCUAGUCAUUCCAGUGACUUCUUUCCCCAGAAUAACUGAAAGGAACUUUAUGUUGAAGUCGAAUCAAGUAAGUUAAAUAAAUAAUUUUUGACCUUUGAGAAAUCCACAAGACUUGGGAAUUUUCCUAUUUCUGUUUAUUUAGGUUUUUUUUAUUGGCUAGAUCUGAGUUAGUCACUUCCACAUUUUUACUAUUAAAGCAGAUAUAAGGAUGAUACCACAUUCCCAGAAGGGAGCUAAGCUAGUAGGAAUUCUGUCAGAUGUUGGCUUACAAACUGGGGUCCCAACUGUCUAAUUAACACUGACACAAAUGCAACAAUGGACCACAAAUCAUCUCUGUAUAUUCUUGCUAAAAUUCAAGCUAUUGCCAUGGUAUCAAUUCAGUGAAUGUCAUCUGUUUUUAUUCUUUAAUAAUACACAUAUUGAAAUUGUACCAUGGAGAAACUGUGUCUCACACAUCUG